CACUUUGUUAUUAAAUAUUCUCGCGUUCUUGGAUAUUUAUUUUAAUUCGUAAUUAGUUCCAAAUCCCCUAUUAUAUCCAGGGAUUUCCUGUGUUCAUUAUUGGUCUUAUCACGACUUCUAAAUUCAUAGUUUCAUCUCUAGUUUUUUUACAAUGUCUUCAGAAAGUUUCGGAGUAGUGAACGAGUUAGCUCCAGUAUUUCGUCCUUAUAUUCAAAAUGUUUAUCAAGAUUUGAAACUGGGUUUAUGUAAAACGAAAGUUGACUUUGAAAGAGUAUCCGGCAACUCAGAUGGCGGUGAAAGCCAAAUACGAAUUGUUUUACCUUAUUGCUCAAAGAAGCUAAAAUGGGAAAUUAUAUUUGAUGCAACAGCACCCUGGUUCGCGCCAGAUUUCAGAUUUGAUGACGAUAGCUUCCUUAUGAAUGUUGAUGAACAGUUUUUAGAAGAAAAAGUUCCAAGUCUGGCCAAAUGGAAUGAAAAUGAUCCUAAAGCACUCAGUGAUGUUAUAUCGGAACUUAUCAAUGUUUACAAACUUUACCAGAUAAAAAAGUUAAAUGAAGAUGACAGUUCCCGAGCAUACUUUGAAUACAGUGCUUUACUUGGUGAUGCUCUAACAUCUGAGAAUGAUAUUGAAGUAUGGGUUGGCAGCCAUGUCGUGGAGUUCUUAAUCAGGCUCAAUGUAGAUACUUCAAGAUUACCGGAGUUGUAUAGUGAUGGAAUAGAGAAGAAUCCUGGAAUAGACACAGCAUUACUACUAGUGAGAUACCCAAACUCAACAAAUGCUGAGUUGAUUCUGUCACCAGUACUGACUAAAUCACUGGGGAAUAUAUCAUUACCUUUGAUGCAUCAGUCAGGAGUGCUUAUGGAUUAUGUUCCCAUGGUGACAGAACUUUUAAAUAAUAAGAUAAAUGACUUGCUGAACAAUGAAAAGUUAAAGCGGGACUUGCUUGCACAACUUAUUGUAAAGUAUGAAGGAGCUGUCCUAGAGCAUGACACCAAUAAUGCAGCAUUCUUGUUUGAGAUGAAUAGCUUUCACUGGAUCUUACAGAUAGAUAUUGGUGUUAAAUUUCCAGAAAAGCCUCCAGUAUUAACUCUAAGAUCGAUUUAUCAUUGCAAUAAAGGGAAGCCAAUAUACAAAGUUCUUUCAGGCUGUCCAUACAAUAACUUUGAAGGCUAUAUUGAACAACAAGUUGAGAUUUUCAAAAAUGAAUGUAUGGGACUCCCAGCUAACAGUCAACAGAUUCUGACUUUGGAAAACUAAUAGCAAACCAAUGCUUUGCUGUUAAUUUAUGGCUGGGAAUCAUAAGCGGAUCAAGAACCUUACUAAUGUUAGAUUAGAUAAGAAUUAUCUAUAAAAAUAUUGGUGAGUUCACCAUUUAUAACGAUCAACUAACCAUAAACAGUCAUAUAUUCUUGUCACCCAUUGGUGACACUUGGUGACACACUUGUCACCCAUUGGUGACACUUGGUGACACUUGGUGACACACUUGUCACCCAUUGGUGACACACUUGUCACCCAUUGGUGACACACUUGUCACCCAUUGGUGACACUUGGUGACACACUUGUCACCCACAGCUGAAAAUGGUUUAGUUAUUGUCUUAGUUAUAUGAUGCAACUUAUCGUAAACCAUUAAACCAGAUUUUGUAAGAUUUAACAUUCUAUAUUGUAAGAGGAUUAUAGUUUACAGUGUAAAUAAAAGAGUUCCAUUUA